AUGAAAAAACUUUUUAAGUUUUCAAAGAAUGCAAAAGCCUUAGAUGAAGAGACUUUCAAUUAAAUGAAGAAACCCCUUCUGAGAGCAUCUAACAGGGCAUCUGGUUUGAAUUUUUAACAGGACAAGGAGUUCUAUAGAAAGGAAAUGAUGCAAGCUAGAGCUUAAUUUGCAGAAAAGAAAAUCGACAACUACUCUAUCCAUUUCAUUCCUAACAGGAAGCCAAGUAGGACUCACUUCACUGUGGCUGGUAAUUUCGGUAGAUUAUUUGGCUUUGAAGAUGAUGAUUAUAAUAGCAACGAUGCCUUGCUAAAUGAUAUUGAAGAUAAGGAUCCCUAGGCCAUAAUUAUUGGAAAUCUUUCCCACUCUGAAAUUGAUUAUAUUCGCAAGGGCUACUUUAAGUAUCAAUUUGCACCUAAAAUUCAAAAGCCUUAAGCAGAGCAUACAUUGGCUAAAAAGAAGUUCACUAAAUUCUUCUUGGAUGAGAUGCAUUAAACUGGUAGAUUUUACUAUGAAAAUGCUGAUGAGACUCCCUUGCCAGGAGAAGAGGAUGAUGGAGGUCCAGGAAACCCCGAUAGUAAUGAUUUUACUGUCUAUGAACUAGAUCAUCUAUACAAAAGGAAAAUGGCCAAGCCUUAGCUUAGUAUAGCAAAAUAUGCGUGUAGUAUGCAAAAUAAAAAGUUAUUUUUUGGAGCACCACCUGAAUUGCUUGCAAUUGAAGAAUUAGCCUAUAAUGUAGAUAUUGAAGUAAUGAGAGAAAUAUUUCAAGAUGUCUUAGAUAAAUACAACAAAGGAGCUAACAAUAGAGAGUUUGUUCCAUCAGAAUACCCAAUAGAUAUUCACAAUUGCAUGAAGAAAAUCGCUGUUAGAGAUCAUCAGAAUAUUUUGUAUGAUAAAUUCAACGAGUACUAGGCAAGUUUUCUAAAGAAAUGCAUGAGUAUUUACAAAGAAACAGCUUUAAUAUGUAAUGAUUACACUUUGAAGUAGAUCAAAGAUAAGGCCAUGAAUCCAGAUAUUUUAGAGUUUGAUGAGAUUUAUAGUAGAGAGUUCGGCCCAUAAAACAAACCUCCUCUAGAUGAAAUUCUAGAAAAAUUGGCUAUCCUUACUCAUAUUUUCAGCAGAGAAGCCCAGCUUUAUAUAUAGAACGGGCAAUAACAAUCUUUAUUUGAUCAGCUUUUCAAUGGUAUUUAUGCAGAGGAGAUCAAGGAAAGAAAUAUUUAAUAGGAAUUCACAUAAAUAAAUAUGCCUUACAGACUUAGACUAUAGAAACUCUAUAAUAAUGAGAUAAUCAGAUGGGGCUAAGUUCCCUCUUAGGGUAGAUUUAUGAUUGAGACUUAUGAAGAAGCUAUGUCUAGGUUCGACCUUAAAAUAGAAAGAGGUUAUUCAUUUAUCAUUAGCCCAGAGAGAGAAUAUAAGAAUCUUUUAAUGAUGUUUUAGGUUAUGCUUGACAAAAUGGAGUAAAACAUCAUGAAGAGAUAAAAUGAUGGUAUUAACCAGGAAGGGACUAUCUUUGCUAUAAACUAGCUGCUGAAGGGAUAGGAGACUGCAGAUAAUAUAAGGUUGUUCAGAGAGUUAAUGGUUGAAGCGAAUACUCAGCUUGGCUUCUUUUAACUACCUGAAACCUUAUUUGGAAAGUAUAAGGAAAUUAUAAAGGUGACAGCAUAUCACUAGAUGAAAGAUAAUCUAGGAGAAGAUCCUCGUAAACUGUACAAAAGACUUGAAAUUUAAAGGUAAAAUGAAGAGGGUAGAUAAGUAUACACUCAACUUGAAGAUGGAUCAGUUCCUUCGUUUGAGUAAUUUAAAGCUAUAAAAAAUAAAAUCACUAGAAUCAACUAAGGCAUUGGCUAAAACCUUUCUCCUACUCUUCUAAUUCAAAAGAGAGAAGAGACUGUUGAGCAAUAUUAGAAACUGGAAGAAAUAGCUGAGUUAUUUCCAAAUACUAGAGAGAAAGUUGACUUGAUUCAGUCAAGAUUGGAUAAGAAAUAUUUACCUCAGGAAAUGCAUAAAGAUCCUAAGAAGAUAUUCUUAUCUCCUGAGGGCUAAGCUGUAACUGAGGAUCAGAUCGUACCUGAGUAAAAUUUGGUAUACUCUUUGGAUGGGGAGCAGUUCCCAAUUGAGAUUCAAAAUAAGACUGUUAAGGAGUUGAGAGAGAUGGGGUUCAAAGAUAUAAUGAACUUCAAAGCGACAAAAUCCCCUUAUGAUGAGCACUAUAUUCCUUAAAUUUCUCCAUAAGAGAAGCACAGAUUGUAGAAGCUUAACUAGGAAUUGGAGUAGGAAAUAAAUGAUCCCAGCUUUAGUAAAGAAGCUCUGGAUUAAGAGAUAUUAGAGAAUGAAAGAAUGAAAUCUCUUAAGUAUCAAAAAGAGAAGGAAGAGCAAGCAAGGAUCUUAAAGCAGACCAAGAUUGAUGCUAUGAGAUUAUUGCUAAUCAAGAAGGCUUUAGAUAAAGGCAUACCGCUUGAGGAUGAUCCAGUUUAUGUUGAUUUACUGGCUACUUACCCCUAUUAUUAGAAGAGACUAGCUGAGAGAUAGAGAGCAAUAGAAAAAGCAAGAAGAAAAUCUGAAUAGGAAGAAAAAGAUUAGAGACCAAUCAGAUAUAAAUUUGAGGAGAGAAUCAGAGGCAGAGCUAACUUAGCUCCUUAACAAUACUCAGAUAUUUUGGAUGUUGAACCAGUAGAUGACACUCAAGAAAAAGAAUAUGAGAAAUACUAGUAGAUCCUGGAGGACUACCAAAAGGAUUUUGAUGAGAUUAAGAACUUGAGUCAGACAAUAGAGCCUGACGUAAUUACAAACGAAUUUGCAGAAGAAGCAGUCAGAAGAUAUCAAAGAGAAGAUAUUCUGCUAGAGCAGCGAUUAGGCAAUAAAUAUUUGACAAAGAUAGAUGCCAAAGAAGGAGGAUCUACUCACGAAGCAAUUAAUAGAAAGCUUUCUGAAAAUCUGCAAAUGGAUAACUUUUUGAGUAAAGUCAAAGAAUUCAACGAAGAAGUUAAAACUCGAUAGUCUUAAUCAAGCAGUAAUAGUGGAAGUUAAUAUAAUGAAGAAGACAAUGAGGCAAUAAGGAGGAGUUUUGGAAGAGCAGGGAUGAAAAAACCUCUGGCAUCGUUUAAAAAGAAGGAAAUGCAUGCUAGAAUUUGA